UAUUUCGGAUUUUCUUGUUUUUUUUGAGAAUAGCUGUGAUAUUUCUUCAAAAUGCCAAGCAAAAAGAAAAAGUUCAAUGCUAGGUUUCCGCCGGCUCGAAUCAAAAAGAUCAUGCAGACUGAUGAUGAUGUUGGCAAAGUCGCUGCACCUGUUCCUGUGAUUAUCUCUCGUGCACUUGAGCUCUUCUUAGAGUCCCUAAUCCUGAAAACAAAUGAAACAACGCGUUCAAGAAAUGCACGAACUCUCACGUGUUCUCACAUAAAACAAACAAUCCUCUCUGAAGGCAAGUUUGACUUCCUGAAAGACCUUGUAGCGAAUGUGCCAGAUGUUCAGGUUGAAGAGGAGGAUAGUAGUCCACCCAAAGAAGCUGGUCAAGCUAGUGGGACAGGCAAACCCAGAGGAAGACCUCGGAAGCCACGUCCUGAGGGAGCGCCACCUCUUGGCCGACCUAGAAAGAGAAAGACGCCCACUUCUUCUACAGAUGAGUCAUGUGACAAUAAUGAGGCUCGAACAGAUGAAGAGGAGACAGAUGAAGCCAGCGAAUAUAAUGAUCAGGACGAAGAUGCUGAUGUAUCAGAUCCAAUGCCAACAGCAAACUCUGAGCAACCGCCCCUGGUGGAGGUUGGCAAAGGUACUGCCUCAGUGCGGUCUCCUAAUAAUGAACACAACAGUGUAGAAGACAGUGCAGCUAUUAAACCUUCAACCUCAGAAAAUGAAACCGUGGUAAAACAGGAGAUAAGGGAAUGUGAAAGUGGUGCAUCGAUGCCAUCGUUUAUGUCAGAAAGCAGUGUUGCACCAAAUUCACCUCAUGAACAGGAGAAUUGUAAAAGAGAGGAUUUUAAACAGGUGCAUGAAGAACAACAAGAGGUUUGGAAGCAGGAUAUUAAAACCGAGGAGAAACCUUCGGUAUCAGUAUCCUCACAAUCGCUCUUACCAAAAGUUGAAGUGUCAUCGCCCAGUGUACAAAAGAGAGAUACUGCCAUGCCAAAUUUUCCACAUCAUAUCGAAAACUUGAUCCGGCCGGAUGGACCAAAAAGAGACGGUGCACAAGUGAGCUUUCAGAGUGGGAUGAAUGAUUCUCAUCUUCCAAAGGAUCACGAUAAUAAUAUUGCCGGGAAGUGUCCACCACAGUUGGCUGGGAUGCAGCUGAUGGAUCUAUCAGGGAAGACCCCUGCUGGGUUUCCCAUGCAUUUACCUCCACAAAUGAUCCUCGCUGGCCCUCGGCCACCAUGUCUACCAGUACCACUGCCAGUACUUACCGAUGCUUCACCACUGGCUAUGACGCAGCAAAUGCAGCUGACCAUGCCACCUCCUGUUGCAAUGCUUCCAAACACUCAGACACAAGAAGACGAUGACUAUGACUCUUGACCAGUUGGAAGUGCUCAUCAUCAGCAAAAGACUAUCAGUAUGUUUACGGGUUGCAGACCUGCUCUGAGUCAUGUAUAGUUGGACGUUAUGUCAUGGGCCAUCUCGAAAUGACCGUCGGUCUGCUGCUUUGCUACUUAAUACUUACUUUCAUGCAUGUACAUGCAUCCCCACUAAAACUCGUGGUAGGCCACGAAAUAUAUUCUGAUCCAAUUUUUGUCUGUCUUUUGCCACUCUUUCCAGCUUGGUUCGCAUUGGUUGGGGGGAGGGGGGUUGAUGUUGGUGCAAUACUACAUGUUCAGGCAUUACAUGAAGAAAUUAAGGAAGUUUUUGUGAAAGAUAGACUUAUUUGUAAACAUCUUAGGGCCAGUAGUGACAGACAAAGAUAUUGGAUCAGGAAGUAGGCCAGUUCAGAAACAUGCAUAUAAUGUCAUGUUGUUGCUGUGUGUUAUUAUCAGGCUUAGUGCUGGCUGCACCUGACAUGUCAUGACAGUGUGUGUCCAUGUCCGACCUAUUUUUGGUGAACGCAGCAUUGAUGGGCAUCUCUUGUGAAAGAGUUUCUACCAGUCUGCCCACAGCACUUUCUGGUGGCAAGUUAGAUUAGGGACUGACUUUUUAUUGCGACAAACUACAAAAAUGUCAAUGUAUUUUUGUACAAAUCGUGUAAAUAUUGUAUAUAUUCUGUAACAGGUUACAGUGUGGUUUUCAGACUGGUGCACACACUGAUAUCUUGUUAGUUUGCAUACCUGGAUUUAACAGAUUAUCCUUGAAAAUAUUCCCCAUGUUUUCAUUUGAAGUUUUAGUUUUUUGUGUCUUUGAGUUUACUCUCAAUAAAAAUCUUUUUUUGGUCAAUUAACUGUUAUGUUACGUCUUGAGGGUGCCUCAGUUCCUGGAAUGAAAUAUCCAAUUAUGUGGCUGUGAGCUACCUGUAACAAUGAUGAACGAAUUCUCAUAAAAUCAUGCUACAAUACAUUCUAUGAACAAAAGUUAAAUGAAUUUCUGCCGAAGCUUUAUCUAAGCUGUAUGUAGCUGGCUUGGAAUCAACCUCAUGAUCAUUGUAGUAGCCAGACCUCUGAUUUGUGUGUGUGCCAGGAUAUUUCUUAACGUCACUUUUGUAUCUUGCCCACUGAUGUUUUUAUACUGUUGUGUUAUAGUCAGUAUUACAUACUGGUAUGUAGAAUAAUAUUUUUACUUCAACUCCAUAUUACUACUUGUAUAUAGAAUCAUAUUUUUACUUCAACUCCAUAUUGUGUACUUCCAGAGGAUUUCACUGUUUACAUAUUGAUGUAUAUGUUUGAAAUCGUAUCAUGGAAUAUGUGUGUUCAGAUGGUGUUCUCACAAGACAAUAUGCAGGGCGGAUUUAAUACUUUGCAAAUUUUGUGUCCGUUGUACCGAGAAUUUAGAAAGACUUAAAUUCUUGGCCGCAGACGUAUUUGCUGAAAAAAACACCAAAAAAGCCGACGUAAAGUCCACAGUCAGAGAGACUGUCUGGUCUAUCAGCACUCCCUUUAAUAUGUGCACAUCUGAAAAGUCCACAGUCAAAGAGACUGUCUGGUCUAUCAGCAUUCCCUUUAAUAUGUGCACAUCUGAAAAGUCCACAGUCAAAGAGACUGUCUGGUCUAUCAGCAUUCCCUUUAAUAUGUGCGCAUCUGAAAAGUCCACAGUCAAAGAGACUGUCUGGUCUAUCAGCACUCCAUUUAAUAUGUGCACAUCUGAACUCCCAUCCAUAAAGCUCAAUAUGGCGAAGUUGUGAAGUUGGUUGAAUUCUCUUUGACCAAGGACCGAUUAUCUACAGACCCAGUCACAGUACCCACUGCCCCUCAUAUGCUUGGUUCCACCCACGCUCUGGGGCUGUGUAAGCUGUAUGCAGCUUAACACUGGUCGCAUGUGCUACAGUGCCAGUCACAAUACCCACUGCCCCGCAUAAGCUUGGUUCCACCCACGCUCUGGGGCUGUGUAAGCUGUAUGCAGCUUAACACUGGUCGCAUGUGGCUCACGCAGAAGUGACAUAGAUCAUGGUCAAAGCGUUUGUGCAACCUAUGAGCAUGGUUCCGUAUAGGUCUCUUGUAAGUUUCAUGUACACUGCCCCCAACAUAUGCAAAAUUAGGGAUGUCAAUUGUGAUUGGGACUGUAAGUAAAACAAUGAACGUAACGAUGAACUUCUGGUAGAUCAUUUAAUUAAGAAAGGAAAAGACUUUGCUUGGUUGACUACAAGGAAAUGUGUAUCAAUUGCAUAAUAAAAGUAGUUAGACCAUAGAAACGUAGACCUGUGACUGAAUUGAUUGUUAAUAAAUGCACUCCUGUCUGACGUGAUACAUGUAUGAAUA